AUGGAAGCGUUUAGUACUGUUGCUGCCGGGAUCGCAUUACUUGGCCAACUCGACGCAUGUAGUAUCAGCCUUCGACGCUUUGCCCGAGACUUUCGCAUGGCCGAAGAAGAUCUUCGGCUUCUUCGUUACGAGGUACAAAACUGUCGAAUAUUGGCCAGUAUGUUCUACGACGCUGUCGCGCCACUUCCUACUCGCGUAAUGCAGCAAGCCCUGGAACAAAAGCUUGAUCAGCGACUCCGGCGCCAAUCAAAGCUGGCUCAUAACCAAAUCCGGGGAAUCAAAUUGAAGCUGAAGCCGCUAUAUCGAGGUGAUCAUGCAACUUCACUCGGCAAGAUAUUAGCAAAAGUCCGAUGGCACUUCACCAAAGAUGAACUACAACUUCCAUUGGCCGCAUUGGGCAGUGUGAAAGCUAGUCUCAAUCUCUUGGGAACCAUUGCCAUGCUUGAGUUGGCCACCAUAAAUUACUCAAAAAUUCCGGACAGUGACCUUGGGAAAAAAUCAAAAUUACUUUCUAGAAUAACAGAGCGCGAGCUUAAGGCAUCCAUAAACAGACUUGACAAUAUUGGAGAUCUUACCAAAGCUGUUGACAACAUACGACUCAUCGCUGUGAUUAUCAAAAACAUCGAAGGACCGUCUAUUGAAAAUGCCAGGGCUGUGAUCAAAACUGGACUUGUUAGCUCCGAUAAGUCUGGAUUUAAUUCGAUACAAACCCAAAAUCCUAGUCUACCUCCGUUUACAAAUUCUUCUUUUCAAGCCGCUGCUCCGGAGACCGUCAGCUCUUACCAUCUAUCUACUCCCUCCCAGAAUUUCUAUGAAUCAGCCGGGAUUCGCCCUUUGGCCAAUGGAACCAUCAGUGGAGGAAAGGAAGAAAUCCAGAACAGUUCAAAUCCCCAGAUGACGGGUGCACUCGUGCCAACAAAAAAAACGGAUAAAAAAAGUAUUUAUCAUGAUUAUGGUGAUGGUGCUCGAGAGAUCUAUGAGUUAGAUUCAUCCGACAACGAUUCUCCCGAAGAGUCCGAGUUAAAAACGGCAAAUUAUCAUCCUUUACCACCUUUCAAUCCGGAUGACCUUCGCGAGCUAAAGAAACGGAACAUCAGACGGCGCCGAGCCUCCUCAAAUGGCUCAUGA